AUGGAAAAGGUGAUCGUCCCCUCAGUCACACUCAUCGUGGGCUGCGGCGUGUCUUCCCUGACCCUGCUACUCCUCAUCAUCAUCUACGUUUCUGUGUGGAGGUACAUCCGCUCUGAAAGGUCUGUUAUCCUCAUCAACUUUUGCCUCUCUAUCAUCUCUUCCAACGCUCUCAUCCUCAUAGGACAGACCCAGACUCGAAACAAGGUGAUCUGCACCCUGGUGGCUGCCUUCCUACACUUCUUCUUCCUGUCCUCCUUCUGUUGGGUGCUCACCGAGGCCUGGCAAUCCUACAUGGCUGUCACUGGGAGACUUCGCAACCGCAUCAUCCGAAAGCGCUUCCUGUGCCUCGGUUGGGGGCUUCCUGCUUUAGUCGUGGCCAUUUCAGUAGGAUUUACCAAGGCCAAGGGUUACAGCACGGUGAACUACUGCUGGCUCUCUUUGGAAGGGGGACUGCUGUAUGCCUUCGUGGGACCAGCUGCUGCCGUUGUCCUGGUGAACAUGGUCAUCGGGAUCUUGGUUUUUAACAAACUUGUGUCCAAAGACGGGAUCACAGAUAAAAAGCUGAAGGAACGGGCAGGGGCCUCACUCUGGAGCUCCUGCGUGGUGCUGCCACUCCUGGCCCUCACCUGGAUGUCCGCUGUCCUCGCUGUCACUGACCGGCGCUCUGCCCUCUUCCAGAUCCUCUUUGCGGUCUUCGACUCGCUGGAGGGCUUUGUCAUCGUGAUGGUACACUGCAUCCUGCGGCGUGAGGUCCAGGAUGCCGUGAAGUGUCGGGUGGUAGAUCGUCAGGAGGAAGGCAACGGGGACUCAGGGGGAUCUUUCCAGAAUGGCCAUGCCCAGCUCAUGACUGAUUUUGAGAAGGAUGUGGAUAUGGCCUGUAGAUCAGGUGAGCACCUGACAGUGUUGAACAAGGAUAUCACGGCCUGCCGGACCUCGACCAUCACGGGGACGCUGAAGCGCCCCUCCAUCCAGGAUGAGGAGAAACUGAAACUCAACCACCCCAAGACCCCCUCUAACUUUAACAGUCUUCCCACCAAUGUGUCCAAGAUGCACCUCCAGGGAUCCCCCCACUAUCUGGGGGGCGUCAACCUGAGCGAGUUCGCCAACCACACACUGACUCUUAAGAAAGACAAGACCCCUAAGUCCAUCUACAUCUGUGAUGGGGACAUCUUUAAGAAGCUGGACUCCGAGCUAAGCAGGGCCCAGGAGAAGGUGCUGGACACCAGCUACGUGAUCCUGCCCACCAACACGGCCACCCUCCGCGCCAAGCCCCCCAAGGACGAGGGGAAGUACAGCAUCAACAUCGACCACAUGCCCCAGACCCGCCUCAUCCACCUCAACAUGGCAGCUGACCCAAGCUACGGGGUGAAGAGCCCACCCCGAGAGCCAGCCUCGUGCCCUGAGGCCCAGGCCUCCUCCUCCUCCCUGACUCCUGCACAGCCUCCAGCCCCCCCUUCAGCACCGCCUCCACCCCAACAGCAGCCCCUGCCCCCACCGCCAGCCCCACACAGCCUGGCCCCAGAGCCCCAUGCCAGCACCCUCGGGGAGCCCAGCACCGAAGGGGCACCCACAGGGGUGGUGAACAAGAGCGAGACGGUCUCCACCCUCUCCAUGAGCUCCCUGGAGAGGAGGAAAUCUCGGUACGCAGAGCUGGAUUUUGAGAAAAUAAUGCACACCCGGAAACGCCACCAGGACAUGUUCCAAGACUUGAACCGCAAACUGCAGCACGCAGAGAAGGAGAAAGAGAAGGAGGCACCUGUUGCAGAGAGUAAGCCAGAGAAGCAGCAGACGCCGAACAGAAGACCUUGGGACAGUGUCCGGAAAGGUCAGACGACGCCCGCCUGGGUGAAAAAAGAGAUAGACCUGCUCCCCCCUUCUCCACUAGAACUCAAAACCGUGGAGUGGGAAAAGACCGGGGCCACGAUACCUCUGGUGGGACAAGACAUUAUUGACCUCCAGACCGAGGUCUGAGCUGGGGCCUGGGGCUGGGGAUGAGGCAGGACUCAUCUUUCUUCCCCGAACCCCAUUCCCCCAAACCGCCUCCUGCUCCAGACUCCUGGGAGAAAACCUGCUGAGCCUGGCCCCAAGACCCACGGGCCUGAGGA